CUGGGCAAAAUCUUCCGGGAUCCAAGUGCUCGCUUUGAACUCUUUUCGUCUUGCGUAGUAUAUCGCUAGUAGUGUAAUUUGUAUAUUCUUGCAAGGUUUGCAGAGCAUUCGGAUAUUUUGAUAUAUCACUUUUUCAGAAGAACUGGUUGUUGUUUUCAAAUUGAGGCUUACUUUUGUCAAAUUCAGAACAAAAUCGGCUAGCCUGAACUUUGCUCUAUAGUACGCAGACUAGAUAGGUUAGGUUUGCUAGCUAACAGUUCAGAGCUCAAGUCGUGCACUUUAUAACGAAUCAAGUCUGAACAUAAUUCACAGGAUACUAACAGGAUGUCAACGGUUCAAAUGUCGGAGGGGACAGUGAGUGUGGAGAUAUGCGGACACAACCCGCUCUUCUACCGACAGGCUACCCCCUCGUCAGGAGAAGUGCAGCUGAGCGUGUUGCUCCUGCAUGGGAUCCGUUUCUCUUCAGAGAACUGGCUGAACAUCGCGACUCUGCAGACUCUAGCUGCAGCGGGUUAUCGUGCGGUCGCUGUAGAUUUACCAGGCCUGGGUCAGUCUAAAGCCGCGGAGGCCCCUGCUCCUGUGGGACACCUGGCCCCCGGUGAGUUUUUGAGGCAGGUGUGUGAAGCCUUGAAGAUGGUGCCCGCAGUGGUGAUUAGUCCCUCUCUCAGCGGCAUGUACUCGCUGCCGUUCCUCUUCCAGCACACGCAGCUCGUGAAGGCCUACAUUCCCGUAGCACCAAUCUGCACGGACAAGUUCCAGGCGGAGCAGUACAAUACCGUGAAGGUUCCGACACUUAUUGUCUACGGAGAUCAGGACAGCCAGUUAGGGGAAGUGUCACUAAGGAACCUGAGUAGCCUGGCCAAUCACAAAGUGGUGGUAAUGAAGGGAGCAGGUCAUGCUUGUUACCUUGAUGACCCGGAGACUUGGCACAAAUCCAUCCUGGAGUUCCUGAAAACACUGUCAUAGUCUAAACAACGCAUGAUACACUCACAGCUUAAAUAUUUGGACCGUGUAAUAAUUGUAGCCCUUUUGAAUUACAUUGUUGUUGUUGUUUUUUUUUUUUUUCUCAUACUAAAUUUAUUCCAUUCAGUUUAUAGUCCUUGUGUUAGGAUAUGCAGGACUACAUUUUCUAUAGCAAAGUCUUUUGAUCAACUAUAAUCACCAUGUAAAGAAUAGAUUUUCAUGGGACCUUUUUUGGACCCAUAUAUUAGUUCACAAAAUCUGACAAAGCUGGCAGUUGAAGUCCAAAUUGUAACAAUGUCUGGCCAGUUUUGUUUUUGCUUAGGCCAUUCUAACCUGCACCAAGUUAGACAAUUGAACAACUUGCAGUGUGAACUGAAUAUUUAUCACUCUCUAUUCCACAACAUUGGUGUUUCAUCAGUUCUGUACUUUCAGUAAAAUGUAUGUAAUGAUGUAUGUGAUAUAGAUGUGAAUCACUCAAAUAAUACUAUGCAUGUCUUAGAACAUGGAACCUAUUUUUCCAAAAAAAUGAUCACUACACACUGAAAUGAAGUGAAAAAUAUGAACAUUAUUUAAUAACUGAUUCUCUGUAAUAAACAAUUUGAAAA